CAGUUCCUUUUGUUCGGAUGUAUUUUGGUUGAAGUGUUUUAUUUUCACCAGGAUUAUGGAAAGCGAAGUUGUUAAUGUUCAAAGAUACCCUAAUUCCCGGUGCAAAUUCAGUAAGGUACCCACUGUCAUAGGGAAAACCCAAGAUCAACUGUCAUAACUCAGGGAAAACCCAAGAUUAACUGUCAUAACUCAGGGAAAACCCAAGAUCAGCUGUCAUGGGAUCAAAACCUCAUACGUGUUUUUUAUCAUUUGCAGUAAAUCAGGACGUUUGUGAAACACAGAUUCUAAAUGAGGAAGGUUCAAUCCUUUCGCCAAGAUACCCAAAGGACUAUCCCGAGGACGUUGUGUGUCGAUGGAUAAUCCAAAUUCCAUCCGAAAAACUUGAACACCGGCAAUAUAUCAAGCUCACAUUUGAAGCAUUCCAGCUGGAGUACGAUUCAUCUUGUUAUUUUGACAAGUUAACGGUUUAUGAUGGCUUGAGCGAAAACAAUACUAUGCUGGGGACAUUUUGUGGUGACAACAUUCCUCCUCCCCUGUUAUCCAGCGGCGCUCAGAUGGUUGUUAAGCUCACUAGCGACUACUCUAUGACCUACAAAGGUUUCAAUGCAACAAUUGAGUUUACAAACACGUUAGGUUAUUCCUCUUGCCCCGAUGCUCUCUUCUUCCAAGCCCUUAUGACAAUGCCUGCCAAUAUAAUAUUUAUAACCUCUGAGCAGUCGGUAGUGUUUGGUGCUGACGUCAAACUACACUGCUGGUCAAAGGGGGUUCCGGCCCCUGAUGUGGCAUGGAUGAGAAAUGGAAAAGUGUUGGUAAAGGGCGAGAGAACGGUGAUCUUGGAAUUUGACAACGUUACUUGGCAAGACGAAGAUGUGUAUACCUGUAUAGCUAACAAUUCAGGGGGGAGCGACAAUGGAAAGACCAAGGUCAAUGUCGUGGCAUGUCCAUCGUCGUGCAGUUGUAUUUCUGCAACCGAUGAAUUACGACUUGAUUGCAAAUCUUCAAACAUCACAUCUGUUCCAUCAACCAUCCCGUUGACUGUAACAGAAAUGUAUUUAUCAAACAAUAAAAUAAAGCGACUGAGUAAUGGAAUGUUUCAGGACACUGGUAGCCUGGAAGAGAUAUUCUUGGCCCGCAACAAUAUCGAUGUGUUGGAAAAAGGAUCAUUUGCUGGCCUGGAAAAUUCCCUUGUCAUUUUGUUUCUGUCAAACAAUUACCUUACUUCCUUGUCGAGGGGCGUGUUCAACAAUUUAACUUCGCUGGAAUAUUUGUAAGUUUAAAAGAUUCAACUAUGUAUCUAAUUAAUGCAUAGUUCUGUAGUACGUCGAGUGGGCUCCAGUCUCUUCUUGUUUUGCUAUACUGAACACUUCAAAUCAAACUUCGAGCCAUUUUGGCAAAGGAUUUUAAUACGCGAGUUACUAGUUGAAUUCUAAUUCGGAAAUUUAUGACAAGCAAGUUUUGGUCCAAAAUGUAUCACACAACUAUAAGGGCUUCUUCAAAUCACAAACAGCUAAUAGGAACCCUCGUUAUUUCAAUUAUAACAGGGAUCCAAUAACUACUGGAC